AUGACACCCCCACGUGUGCUAUUAAUAGAUUCUCUGAGCAGUGAACACGCCAUGCUGCGGCGCGUGGCGCUGAAUCUGCUGCACACACUGCUGCGGGCGGUGGGUGCGCACGUGCUGGUCUGUCUAGUGCUCCCGUUUAUAGUCCCCAGCCAAGACGACGACAGAGCGCAAGAGAGUACCAGAGACGGGUACCAUAGACCGCUGCACCAAUCAGAUGACAGCAAUGAAGUUCGUCGCGGCGGCGACACCCAAUCGGAAUUGAGCUACGGAAUCGAGGACGCCUUUCCCGCGCAUUUCAUUGACCUUCUCACCACUGCGCAUGUGCACUCGCCGGAUGACGGGUCCUUUGUAGAGUAUCUGGACGGAGCAGCCGCCGCCAUCCAUCGGGCGGAGACCAGUCCGUGGUACCGAACUUCACCAGACCACACACCAACCCACUCUCACACACAGCAGCCCCACACACACACACCGGCCCAUCAGCGUAAUACGCCACACACGGCCGGUGCCGCUCCACCCAGGGAUAUCACAACCCGGCCAAGCGACGACGAGGACAGCGUCAUGGGGGGUACAGACACCCCACACGCACAGUUGCAUGCUGGGAAACAUAAGCGGUUGUGGGCAGACAGAGUCAAUCUGCUGCGCGCGCUGUUGAGCCGUUUCACACACUUCUACACGCUGCCCGUGGCGGAGACUGUGCUGCUCACCACUCUUAUGACCGCCAUGUCGGCCUUUGGCGGGCGAUUCGAGGAGCUGCGAAGGUACCUGCUUGACCCAAGUGCCAACAGUGUCACGGCUUUUGGACUCAUCGAGGGUGAAGAGGACAAUCCUUUCAACACAGAGUUAGACUCGGGCAGCACAUGUCUGUACGAUACUCUGCGCUCUGUUGCUUUAGAGGGGAAAACGUUUAUAGAAGCAGGAAUAGAUGAUUACGAACACUCCGCGGAAGUGCUGAGGAGUGCCAUGGGACGUAGAGCAAACGCUGGCGUUAGACGCACUGCCAGUACAAACAUGCUCAGAGGAACCAGCGGUGCAAGUGCCAACAAACCUGCCCGGUCCAGUACCAAAAACAAGACAGAUGAUUAUGGGCCGAGUGCGGGAUGCGACACGGGCGGCACUGAUAGGAAUAUCCCCUCUGGUACCGGUAUGCCGAGGAGUAGGGGGGGGUUGAGCGGAGCUCUGAAACGCAUGGUGAGUACAGGAGUGGGUAGAAGGAAUACAGGUAGUGUGGCAUACACAGAAGAGGAACAUGAGGAAGUGGGUACGGACACACACGUGCAUACGGGGUGGGGAACACAAAUGAGUGCAGGAAAUGAAGGCGUGGAGAUGCCACCCGGGUUGGUGCGUCGACAAGAGUCGGCUAAUCACCUACAGCUGUCGAGUCAGGAGAAGAUUGCGAUACAAAAUAUGACUAUACUCGAGGAGUUUCUGAAGGGGCUCACGGCGUAUAGUAUUGAGCAGUACGCUCUGAGAUAAUAGAGGUAGUAGUAGUAAAUGAGCUGAAAUAUAUGGCAUCCGCUAUCAUGCACGGAAAACCCCUAUUCUCACAAAAUUUUGCAUCGUAAGCAUGAAAUUUCGCACCUGUCAGUGGACACAACGAGCCACAUGAGGAUGUGAAU